AUGGGUGUGUGUGAUUGCAGAGCCUCCGUCACGAUGAACGGCAGCAGCAGCAUCUCUGCGGCUCAGAGGAUCAAGGCUGAAACAGACGCAUGGAGCCAGGAGGACUGCCUGACGCUGCUGGAGCGGAUCCGUGGUCUGCUGCCCGACGGAGACGCCAUGAAGUACAAAACCACCGAGUCGCACUUCGACUGGGACAAGGUUGGCUUCGGCCGCUUCACCGGGGACAUGUGCCGCCAGAAGUGGCAGAAGGUCUCCUCCGAGGUCCGGAAGUACCGGACCAUGACGGAGCUCAUUGUGGACGCCAUUGAGUUUGUCAAGAACCCGUACAAAGGCAAGAAGCUGAAGACCCACCCGGACUUCCCCAAAAAGCCGCUGACUCCCUACUUCCGCUUCUUCAUGGAGAAACGGGCCAAAUACGCCAAGAUCCAUCCGGAGAUGAGCAACCUGGACCUCACCAAGAUCCUGUCCAAGAAGUACAAGGAGCUGCCAGAUAAGAAGAAGCAAAAGUACAUCACAGAGUUCCAGCGGGAGAAGGAGGAGUUUGAGAAGAACAUGGCCCGGUUCAGGGAGGAGCAUCCGGACCUGAUGGAGGAGAGGAAGAAGUCGGACCUGCCGGAGAAACCCAAGACGCCCCAGCAGCUGUGGUACAACCACGAGAAGAAGGCCUACAUGAAGCUGCACCCAGAGGUGAGUCAGAAGGAGCUGAAGGAGGCGCUGAGGAGGCAGUGGUCCCAGCUGUCCGACAAGCGCAGGCUGAAGUGGAUCAGCAAGGCGCUGGAGCUGCAGAAGGACUAUGAGGACAGCAUGAGGGCGUACCACGAGGCCCACCCAGACUCCAACUCAGAGGAACACGUCCGCUCUGUCCUCACCAAGGCCGAGAGACAGCUGAAGGACAAGUUCGAUGGACGGCCCACCAAGCCGCCGCCGAACGGUUACUCCCUGUACUGCGCUGAGCUGAUGGUCAACAUGAAGGACGUGCCGAGCACCGAGCGCAUGGUGCUGUGCAGCAAGCAGUGGAAGAUGCUGACCCAGAAGGAGAAGGACAUGUUCCAGAAGCGCUGCGAGCAGAAAAAGAAGCAGUACGACGUGGACCUGCAGCGCUUCCUGGAGAGCCUUCCUGAGGAGGAGCGGGACCGAGUCCUGACAGAGGAGAAAAUGGGCGGAGCCAAGCUGAAUGUGGGUGUGGUUCCCAGCCCUCUCAGAGCCAAGUCUCCAUCGGUCAAGGAGCGCGGCCGGGAGGCGGAGCCAGAGGCGUGGCCAGCAGCCGCAGGCGGAGCCUCGGCGCCCAGAGAGCGACGGGACGCCAGGAAGACAGCGAAGCUUCCAGAGACGCCGAAAACCGCCGAGGAGACGUGGCAGCACAGCGUGACAGGAGAUUACCUGGCCAAGUACCGGAGUGACCGCAGGAAGGCGCAGGCGGCGAUGGAGGCGGCUUGGCGCUCCAUGGAGAAAAAGGAGAAAAUUCCCUGGAUCAAGAAAGCAGCAGAGGACCAGAAACGUUACGAGGUUCGGUACCCUCCUGACCCCUGACCUCUGCGUCCUGAUUGGCUGCAGUGUGCGCUAACUGCUGCUGUCCUCUAGAGGGAGCUGUUGGAGAUGAGAGCGCCCCCUGUCGGCCAGAGGAAGCCCAAGUUCGAUGGAGAGCCAAAGAAGCCUCCAGUGAGCGGCUACCAGAUGUUCUCCCAGGAGCUGCUGACGAACGGAGAGCUGAACCACUUCAGUCUGAAGGAGCGCAUGGUGGAGAUCGGCAAGCGCUGGCAGAAGCUCAGCCAGGCGCAGAAGGACAAGUACAAGAAGCAGGUGGAGGAGCAGCAGGUGGAGUACAAGGCCCACCUGGAGGCCUGGGUCAAGUCGCUGUCCCCACAGGACCGCGCCGUCUACAAGGAGUUCUCCUCCUCGAAACGUCGCAGCAGCUCCUCCAAAGCCACCGCCAGCCCCGUGGCCAAGGUCCGGGUGACGGCGAAGGGGAAGGUGGGCGGAGCCAGGGCUGUGACCCCAGGGGUCACCGUGGGGAAGAGGGCCAUGGCAUAUCGCGCCAAGCAGGACAUGUCUGACUCCGAUGAGGAGGAGGAGAAGAGCGGUUCCUCAGACUCUGAUGAAGACGAUGAGACAUCAGGAAGUUCAGACAGCGAGGAUGAAGAUGAGAACGAUGACGAUGAAGAGGAGGAUGACGACCAAUCUUCCUCGGAGGAAUCCAGCGAGUUGGACUCAGAUUAGCCCUGCCCACUCAUUGAAGAGGACAGGCUGUGCAGGCCACGCCUCCUCCUCUGCCAGUCAUCCAAUGCGAGGCAGCGCUGUUGGAAGUGGGCGGAGCCUGUUACAAGCGUUUCAGUUUAUAUUUACUUGGUUUUUAUCUGACAGACAUUUCAGGAUGAUGGCUUCCUGUUUGUUCUUCUUGGUGGGCGGGGUUUGUACAUGAUGACAUGCAGGGGGCGGAGUCAGUGUUGGACCUCCAAUCAGCCGGAGGCCGAGAGAAACUCAAUAAAUGCACUUUUUCCAAA